CAAGGGAACGUUACCUCCCUCUCUUUCUUUGUUUCUCUCUCUUCCAAUGAGGCAUAGACGCAUGUAUAUAUAUAAAUAUAAAGAGAUGAGAUGAAGUAAGCUUCGCGGGUGAGUUUCCAGACACAACACAACACAAUAUCCAUCACUCAACUCCUCCAACCCAAAAAUUUCAUUCUUUCUCUUUCUCUCUCUUUCUCACAGGCACACACCGCUAACAAAAACCAAACCUUUUCACCCCUAAAAUUAUUAAUCGAUCAAGUGUCUCCCACAGUGUACGAGGAAGGAGGAAUCAUGGCUAUGGGGCCAGAAAGAUCCAAGGCACUGCACAACUUCUCCAUGCCCUGCUUGAAAUGGGGACACCAGAGAUUCCUCCGCUGCGUCAAAGUCUCCUCCACCGACGACCACCAUCGCCGAUCAUCCCAUCCCGACCCGCGGUUUCUCGCUUCCACCAAGCGCAAAGCCACAGCCACCGGCGACAUCGACAACAUCGAUGCCGUCCGCCAGAAGCUCAUGGUGGAUCUCAAAGACGCCGCCGAUAAGCUCAAAGUUUCAAUCUUUGAGGAAGGUACCGUCGCCAACACCACCAUCAACAACAACCACGCAAGGCCAUGGAAUCUCAGGACAAGAAGAGCUGUGUGCAAGUCGCCGCCGCCGACGCACCGUGAAGAUCAAAAACACAAGAAUCUUGAUUCUAUCCCUGAAGCUAUGGUGGUUGGUGUGGGCAUAGAGACCCCCAAAAAGAUAACGGAUGAAAAGCCCAAGUUUUCUGUUUCAUUGUCCAAGGCAGAGAUUGAACAAGAUUUCUUGGUUUUGCUUGGGACCAGGCCUCCACGGAGGCCCAAGAAGAGGCCUAGAAUUGUGCAGAGGCAACUUGAUACCCUUUUUCCUGGAUUGUGGCUCAGUGAGGUCAGUGCAGAAUCUUACAAAGUCCCUGAUGUCCCUGAAUGAGGGACUGGAAUCAUAUGAUGGCAAUGCUUCUUCCUGACUUUUUUGUCUUACAGUGUCACAUAAAUAAUGGUAACCACCAAGUUGUCCAUGUAAAUCACAACACUGAAUGCAGUAACAAUGAAAUCCUUUUGUUUUGCAUUUUGUUAUCUGAACUAUAGCAGCUUGUACAUUCUAAUAGAGUCAUUCUAUACAUAAACUAAACUACUACUACUUGCUUUGAAAUGCCUUCAAGAAACGGAAAUAAUGCUUUUUUGGUUUCUCUACUUUGUGGUAGAGCUGCUGCUGUUCCAAAAAAUUUGGAGGUAUUGAGUUUCUCUUAGUCUGUCAUAGAAUAUUGGUCUUACUCUGUUUGGUGGAAUUUUGUUACCGAUCCACAUGAGUUUAUUCUUCCUGAAUGGGCAUUAUAGGUGAAUCUACCUGAACAAGUUAAGAACA